AAUAAUGAGAACAACAGUCAAAAUUUCCAAAAAGAUGGAAUUACCCAGUUCUUAAAUAAUCAAAAAAUCUCUUAUGUUGGUAUCCAAUUCAAAAUUCUGUGGAUCAAUUAAUUCCCGGCAGGCGGCAAAUAGAUCCUUGACUCGAGUGAAAUCGAUCUGAAUCAUGUUACAUCAACAUUAAUUUCUAUUUAAUAAUAAAUUUUUGUACAUACAGCAAUGCAUUUUAUCAUUCAAUUAAAAUAAGUCUGUGAUAUUUUAGACAUCCUUAGAUUAUAGCUAUAUAGAAUUCAGGUGAAUUAUAAAUAUUGAUAAAAUAGGAAUAGGAGGCUAUGAAAAAUUCUUACCUUCCGAGUUUUGAAGUUCAAAUAUGCAUAUCUAAUUUUAUUAGGCUGUUUGAUUUUAUUGAGAGUGGAUAUUGAACUAUUUUUUAAGUAAUACGAAUCAAUCAAUUGGAAUUGCAGUAAUUUGAAUUCGGAGUGAUGAGUGCCAUAACAGAUUCAGAAGGGAGUGAAAAAGGUGUGAAAAAAUUUGUUGAUGACUGGUUAAUUUAUGAUACUAUAUUAGGGGAAGGAGCAUUUGGGGAAGUAAGAUUGAUAGCAAACCGAAAAACCAGAGAAAAAAUUGCGUGUAAAAUAAUGGACUUUGCUAAAUAUAAAGGAAGUGAAGUAGCAAUAACUAGGGAAAUAAGGAUACAUUCUGUUCUAAAUCAUGAGAAUAUAAUUAAAUAUUAUGGAUUGAGGAAAGAACCAACAAGAGUUUAUUUAUUUUUAGAAUAUGCUCCAGGUGGUGAACUUUUUCAGCAAAUUGAACCUGGAGUUGGAAUGCCUUCUCGUGAUGCUCAAAUGUAUAUGAAACAGUUGGUUAGAGGAGUAUCUUAUUUACAUUCUAAAGGUAUCACACAUCGUGAUAUAAAGCCUGAAAAUAUCCUUCUCCACAAUGGAAUCUUAAAAAUAUCAGAUUUUGGUAUGGCAACAUUAUUUAGACACAAAGGAAAAGAAAGAAUGCUUGAUAAAAAAUGUGGUACAAAACCUUAUUUAGCGCCUGAAAUACUUGUGGGAUCCUAUCAUGCUGUUCCAGCUGAUGUUUGGAGCUGUGGAUGUGUUCUAGUUGCUAUGCUGGCUGGAGAACUCUUAUGGAAUUGCCCACAUGAAGACUAUCCCGAAUUUGCCCAAUAUAAAGAGGGAAACUAUUUAACAAGUAGUCCUUGGAAUAGACUUGGUAACACGCCUCUGAGCUUAGUAACCAGGAUUUUAGAUCUGGAUCCUAUGAAAAGAAUUUCACUGGAAAAGAUUCUCAAACACCCUUGGAUGACUUACAACUUUUCUUAUGAUGAAGCUGAUAGCUCUGCGGAUAGCAAUUCUAACGGUCUUCAUGCUAUUAGAAGGGCUUCGAUGAUGGAGCCCCCUGCGGAUAGAGAAUCUCCUUAUGUAACCCUGUCGCAACCAAAUCUUCCAACGCGACCUGUUUGCCUGGAACAUAUUAUAGAUAAACAGCAAAAAACCAACAAGAGGAGGGAUAAUAAAUGGUUCUCGCAGCCAACUCAUAACGAAGAUCUCAUCAUCAGUUCAGAAUUGCAGUUUACCCAAACUCCUAUUACUAAAGAUAACUUUAGCGAUCUGAUACAGAGGAUGACCAGAUUCUUUGUCACCACGCAGACUGAAGAAAAGACUGCCGAAGCUCUGUGUUCUGUUUUAGAUGCACUUCAUUACACUUGGACUGUUGAUGGUUCAGGAGCGAUUUCCAUCUCUACGGUGGAUAAUAUGAAAAACCAGCUGGUGUUCAAAGUCACGAUUUUCAAGAUGGAGGGGAAAAUUUUAUUAGAUUUCAGGCUGUCGAAAGGUUGCGGUCUAGAAUUCAAGAAGAAAUUCAUAAAACUCAAAGAGUGCCUCGGUAAUAUUGUUUGUAAAGUUUAAUUUUUGUUCCUUAAUUGUGUGUUAUUGUUAAGACUAGUUUUGUACUGAAAUGUUUAAAUAGAGUUUAUUGAAAA